UAUACAGAGUACAGAGUUAAGAUUAAUUCAUACAGAAUAACAAGACUUCUUGCAGUCAUCUGCUAGUCAUACUUUACAAUUGUCAGUGUGCAUGCACUAUCUAUCAGUACUAUCAAUACGAGAGAAAAAUGACCUGUCAACUGAUGGACUGCAUAGGGACACCCUUACCCAACUUCAGCCAAAACCUCGGAUUUGUCCUCAUCGGUUUAUUCUCGAUUGGAGCACUGGCUAGUUCAACUUUUGCGUCAAUUAUUUUGAUAAACGUUGUUAAACUGGAUUAUUUCUACUCUCACCAAACCAGUAUUGGAGCAAUAAUUUUGGUCACUGCGGGAUGUUUGUUCAUGUUUGUUUCACUUCUUGGCUAUUGCGGUUUGAAAAAAAUGACUAUUUGGAUGAUAAAGGCGUACGCCACGCUUCUGUUUCUGAUUAUUACUCUUCAACUGGCUGGAAGCAUUUGCUCCUUCGCCUUCAAAGAAUACUUCUCAACUGUAGUUCUGGCAAAAAUGAACGCAGCAGCAAAGAAUUAUUUUGUUCAUGGAGUUGAUAAUGGCGAUUUGCGAGCCACAGUUGCUUGGGACGAAAUGCAAAUCAAUUACCACUGCUGCGGAACUAGUUCGUACUUAGAUUGGUCAACGCUGAGACCUGAGAUGAAAGGCUACCCCGACUCUUGUAAAUGCAAGGUCAAUGAAAAGGAUUGCGGGGACGAUGGUUUCUACCAUGAGGGAUGUUAUACAAUUUUACGAUCUUUCUUGACCACCAUGGUAAAUGCAGCUGCAUGUUUUUCGCUCAUAACUGCAGUUAUACAGUUCAUAUGGCUCAAUUUCUUCAUGAAUGAGGCUCAAGGCACUGAAUACAUAAGAAUCAAUGAUUGAGUGUAGCUGAAGAAAUCAAGAACUGAUUCAGCAGGCAGCCAGAAGCGCUUCUUCCUCUUUAUUUGCAUUUUAAGCAGGAUCAAUAACACACACCUUUAUUUAAACAUGAGAACCUUAAAAAGGUGUAUAAUUUUCAAUUUUUAAGGGUUGACUUUUGAAAAAAACAUUACAAUUUUUAUAGCUUGCAGCUUUUAUAAGUUAACAGUCUCAAAUAAUUGUUCAGAUUAUUCUGAUCUUAAAACAAAUUUUUGAAAUAUUUUUCAAUUUUGGGGAAAUUUUUAAGUAAGUUGAACAUGAAAAGGAUUUUAUAGUAUUAUCUUAACAUACGGUUUAUAUUUUGCGUAUUUUGUUGCAUCAGAAAAAUAUUUUUUGAGGUUGCCACUAUCAUUGUCAGUUUUAUAUAAUUAUAGUUUUCUUAUUUCAUGCUUUCUACUUGUGCACAAAAGUCAGUAAAAAAUAGUAUCAAUACUUUUUGACGGUUGACUCUUUUUAUUAUGUACCUUUGUGCCAAUGAAUAAAACUAGUAAA